UAUUCUAAUUUUGAGAGAGAGGAAGAAACACCAUAAUGGAAAAUGGAGAGGAGAUCCUGACGCUUGUUGAUGGGGGAAUGUUUAUGAGACGGAGAGGCAGGAGGAAGAGGGAUGAAGAUGUGACACUGAAGCGGUCUGGCACACGACGACGUUAUCAAGACGAUGGCAUUUCCGACGAUGAGAUCGAGGGAAAGAGGACGUUCGAUCUGGAGGAGAAGCUGCAAUGCAGCCGCUUCAGCUCUGACAGAGUUAAAUGCAUGGAGGGCAAAGACUUUACAUUUGAAUACAUCCAGAGAGGGGGGCUCAGGGAUCCCAUCAUCUUUGAGAGACCUGAUGGGCUUGGCAUUAACAUGCCUGAUCCAGACUUCAGUGUGAAUGAUGUAAAAACAUACGUUGGAAGUCGGCGGAUGAUUGAUGUGAUGGAUGUGGCUACUCAGAAGGCGACAGAGAUGUCAAUGGCCCAGUGGAGGCGGUACUAUGAGACUCCUCACUCUCAGCGAGAGAAGCUUUUCAAUGUUAUCAGCCUUGAAUUUAGCCACACUAAACUAGAGAGCCUGGUCAAAAGACCUACCACGGUGGACAUGAUUGACUGGGUGGACAACAUGUGGCCACGACAUUUAAAGGAAAGGCAAAGAGAUGCCACAAACUCUAUCAUGGAGAUGCAAUACCCCAAAGUGCAGAAGUACUGCCUAAUGAGUGUGCAGGGCUGUUACACAGAUUUCCACAUAGACUUCGGAGGUACAUCUGUGUGGUACCACAUACUGCAGGGAUGCAAGGUGUUUUGGUUAAUCCCACCUACGCCGCAAAACCUGGAGCUUUAUGAGAACUGGGUGUUGUCAGGGAAACAAGGAGACAUCUUCCUUGGUGAUAAGGCCACUGACUGCCAGAGGAUUAAGCUCAAGCAGGGCUACACGUUCAUUAUACCAUCAGGUUGGAUUCAUGCGGUUUAUACACCUGUGGACACUCUUGUGUUUGGUGGGAAUUUCCUGCAUAGUUUUAACAUCCCCAUGCAGCUGCAUGUAUCCAGUAUUGAGGACAGGACACGGGUGCCAGCUAAAUUCCGUUAUCCGUUCUAUUAUGAGAUGGGCUGGUACGUAUUGGAGCGUUAUCUGUACAGCCUGACCAACACAUCCCACCUCAUCCCUGAGUUCCAGAAGUACUCUCUGGGUAUUGGCUUGAAGCAGGAAAGCUCAGGCGGUGAGGUACUAAAUGGACAUGCUAAAGAGGAGAGAGAUGACGAUGCUCUCUGUCCUCCCAGUGGGCCAGGAGUAAAAGUUCACCUGACGACUCUUGAGCUGGAGGGGCUGUGGAAUCUGGUGGGGAAGCUGGAGUCUCUGCCGGCACAUAAGAAAUGUGUGCCUUCAGGAAUACACAAUGCUGCUGCCCUGCUGCACGACAUACGGGCGUUAUUGAAAGAACAUGCCAAUGACAUCCCCAAACUCUCCUAUACAGGAAAACCUAUUGUCAGAUGGCCGAAGAGGCCCCCCUGGUACCAACCCCCUCCUCCGCCUCCACCUGUUAUUCGUCCCAAACUGGCAACCACGCCCGUCAUUCCACGUCCAGUGAAACCAGCCUCCAACAUGUCGGUCCUGCGACGACGGCGUGUGCGAUGUAAGCGCUGUGAAGCCUGUCUGCGCACUGAGUGUGGUGACUGCAACUUCUGCAGAGACAUGAAGAAGUUUGGUGGUCCGGGCAAACUCAAACAGACCUGUGUUCUCCGACAGUGUCUCGCUCCUGGUUUGCCGCUGUCUGCUGUAUGUGAGAUCUGUGGGGAGGGUACCCAGGAGACUGGAGAAGAGCUCAUGGAGUGCUCCAACUGUGCUCAGAUAGCACAUCCGAGCUGUUUGAAGGUGUCAGGUGAUGGAGUGGUGAACAAAGACCUGCCGAGCUGCUGGGAGUGUCCCAAAUGUGUUUUUGGCAAAGACACAGAAUCUGAGUCAUCGGGCAGCGGUGAUGACAUCACUGCUCAGGAUGGGUCAGGGGGGCGAGGGUGCGAGAGUGGGGCAUGGCACGGGGUCGGGCGGCCCCCCUCUUCUCUCUCCCACAGGUCGCUCCAGAAAAGGGCAGCAGCCCCUGAUCAGCGGUUUAGGAAGAGGAUAAAAUUGGAAGGAGGAAAACACACGUAAAAACGGAAGUCUCUUGAUCAUCGAGUGGCAAAGAUCUAUCGGCGGCACGGAAUGGAGCAUGACGAUGUUUCAGGCAGUGACGAUGAGGAUGAAGAUUGCGGGAAGAAGUCCACCCAUUCAAGGGUUGGCGUUUCAUCAUCCCGCCGAGGCUGUGGAGCUGGUAGGCGAGGUGUUUGGAGAGGCUCCAUGCAUCGAGGGGUCCGAGGGGGAGGCAGCUUGGCAACAAGUUCACUGAAAAUGAGACGGGGACUUGGGGCAAGGGCCGAGAGAGGGGGUCGAGUUAGGUUAAGAGGAGGAUCUCAAAUGAAACGGCAACGCUAUGAAACGGAUGACGACGACGAUGAUGAUGAUGAGGAUGAGGAAGAUGAUGAGGAUGACAGUGAUGAGGAGAGGCAUCUGGGGCGGUCAGAUAAGGAGCAUCGUUCGCGAAGACAGAGACGUAGAGGUGAGCACUACGAUGAUGACGACGAUGAGGAUGAAGAUGAUGAUGAAGACAGCGAGGAACAGGACUUUGAUGGGGAGGAUGAGAUGGAAGACUUGGAUGAUGGUGUGGAGGAAGAUGAUGAUAGGGAGAACCAGUCAGACUCAGACCUUGACCCCCCUGUCUUACUUGUCUCAGACUUGAAUGAUGACCUUCUCAAUGACUCUUACUUGACUGUGACUCUCCAGCGCCCCCCAAAGGCCAAACGUGAACCUGGAUCCAUUGUACCCAAGCUGGAGGCUGCUGUGUCUACCCGCACACCCAGUGCACCUGGCUUCAUCCAGCGCAAGUCGCUGCCCAGGACCAGACUCAGGAACAGCAGCAACUUGACACCUGCUGGUAAUGGCCUCUCUCAGUCCAAAGGUCGCUCCUUGAGACGGAACUCCAACCAUGUUGGUCGAGAGAGAGACACGGCAUCGCCUUCCUCAAUAUCUUCUCGUUCAUCAGUUUCUCCACCUCCUCCUCCUGCCAUCACCACUUGCUCUCCUCCCUCCCUCCUCUCUCUUCCCUCAUUCCGUGAUGUAGGGAAUGAACAAGGAUGUGAAAAGGAUGUUUGGGUGUCGGUGUUCCGGUACUUGAGUCGAUCAGACUUGGCUGUGUGUAUGAGGGUCUGCAAAGCUUGGUACAAGUGGUGUUGUGAUAAACGCUUGUGGACACGAAUAGAUAUGAGCCGCUGUCGGUCACUAAGCGCUCAGGCUGUAUCAGCCAUCGUUAAACGACAACCAGUGGCACUCAACCUCUCCUGGACACCUGUAUCAAAGAAACAGAUCGCCUGGCUCAUCCAUCACCUCCCAAGUCUUAAAGAUCUUUCAAUGUCUGGUUGCUCUUCAUUAUGCGUGUCUGCGUUAAGUUCGCAGAGCUGUCCAGGUUUGCGAACGCUUGACCUUUGUUGGGCUGUGGGCGUCAAAGAUUCUCAAAUAAAAGACCUCAUUGUGCUGCCAGGCAGUGAAAGUCGCUGUCGGCUGAGAGGUUUGCUAACCUUACGCUUGUCUGGUUUGGAUCUAAGCGACUCCACCCUGAAGUUGAUUGUCAGACAUAUGCCUUCACUGCGGCGUUUAGAUUUGUCCUACUGCCAGGGGAUCACAGACCAGUCCAUUAGCCUGCUCACGGCCUCUGGCUGCAACACACGCAACACACUCCGACAACUCAAUCUUGCAGGUUGUAAUAAGUUGACGGAUGCUUGUCUAUCCUAUUUGAAACGCUUAUCAGCCCUCACUUUGUUGGAUCUGCGGGGCUGUAAGAACGUGUCUCGACAUGACUGUGAAAACUUCAUCUCUGACCUGUCUUACUGCACUGUCUUUUGUCUGACUGAAGACAGACUUAUUCAGAGAAUAUCAUAAUGUGCACCUACACGCAUACAGUCUCCGCACAGCUCUGCUUGGUGAGCCCACAAGUGCUGCAUCCCACUGAAUACAGGCUGAUCUAGCCUGAAUAGGAGGAUGAGGCUGAAGAAUAGACAGAUGGAAGGAUGUGAGUGUUGUUCUAUGAGGGUGAAAACAGGCUGACAAAGGAGAGUUAUGUUCUUCUCUGCUGUGUCUUUAUCAUGAGAAACAAGUGGAGGAUUUUACUCCCUCAUUCCAUGAGACAGAUCCAGAAACAUCCAGUGUGCGGCUUUAUUUCUUCGCUGAGCAUUCAGCCUUCUCCAAAGUGACUUCUUCAGAAGACUUCAAGACUUAUGUGGAUGAGUUUGAAACUAAACUUAAAAAUUCACACCACGUUGGAUUUGCUAAAUGCGGACUGGAAGAUUUGGUCAGAGAUUGUGGCUUCUGAAAUGUUACAAUGGACCUGUUGGCGCAGAGUUUGUGUCAAUAAUCGACUAUAAAGCAGCAUUAUGAUUCAGGAAGAAAAUAAUGCACGUGCUUCUAGUUCUUAUAUGCCACAACCUGUUGAACAAAGAAUGUUGUGGCAAGCACUUUCUAUGUGCCAUUAGAGAAUUUGAAUCAUUCAGCCUACUGAACCAGAUGGUCUCAUUCACUCACACUUAAUGUCUGAACACAAAUCUUGGUAGUUCAACCUUUUUUUUUGAAGGUUUUGCUGCCUGUUUUUUGUGGACACUAAUUAUUACACCACAAUAUCGGGUUUUACUCAAUCCUACCAUAUCAUUCACUCUUUCUUCUUUGUCUCAUUGUUUGUACCUUUGCUUGCUGUCAUCCCAUAUUGCCCAUUUACCUGCAUUCUCCUGUGCUGUUUAAACUUGGAAAGGGUUGUUCACAAUUAGGCUAAAUUGUUUAUUUACCAUUGGAAAGCUGUAACUUAAAUAUAACUUGUAGCAACACAAUAGCAAUUAUUUCUUAAGAAUUUUAGAAAACAUUGUUCUUUUUUUUUUUUUCAUGAAAA